CACGAGUUGAGAGGUCGCUCCAAGAAACCGUGCCUCUCAUGGCUGGACGGCUGUUGAAGGUGUCUACCGUCGCCACGGCUGUGUUCGCCUCGUCUGGAUUUGUCCUGUACAGCAAGCAUGUGGACCCCAAUGACAUCAGCGUUAUUAGGUUCGGUAGAGCAGCAGCAACGACAGUGGCCAUCAGCUAUGAUUACAUCACGACUUUCCGGAAUGUGCCAUUUGGAACAGAAGAAUACUGGGACCUCAAGUCUAAGGUGCACCGGCGGUCGGCGGAGAGGCUGCGGGACCUGUGCUGUGCCAACAGGGGCACCUUCAUCAAGGUGGGGCAGCACCUGGGCGCCCUGGACUACCUGCUGCCCCAGGAGUACACCAGCACGCUGAAGGUGCUGCACAGCCGCGCGCCCCAGAGCAGCAUGGACGAGAUCCAGCAGGUCAUCCGCGAAGACCUGGGGAAAGAGAUCCACGAGCUGUUCAUCAGCUUCGACGAGCAGCCGCAGGGCGCGGCCUCGCUGGCCCAGGUGCACAAGGCCGUGCUGCGCGACGGCAGGACGGUGGCGGUCAAGGUGCAGCACCCCAAAGUCCAGACGCAGAGCUCCAAGGACAUCAUCGUCAUGGAGUUGCUGGUGCACUUGGUCCACUGGCUGUUCCCAGACUUUGCCUUCAUGUGGCUGGUGGAGGAGGCCAAGAAGAACAUGCCCCUGGAGCUGGACUUCCUCAACGAGGGCCGCAACGCCGAGAAGGUGGCCCACAUGCUCAAGCACUUUGACUUCCUCAAGGUACCGAAAAUUCACUGGGAUCUUUCGACGAAGCGUAUCCUGACGAUGGACUUUGCGGAGGGAGGCCAGGUGAACGACAGAGACUACAUGAGGCGAAAUGGCAUCAAUGUCAACGAGAUCUCACAGAACCUGGGGAAGAUGUACAGUGAGAUGAUAUUCGUGAACGGCUUCGUCCACUGUGACCCGCACCCCGGCAACGUCCUGGUGAGGAAGAGCCCGAGCGGCAACAAGACGGAAAUUGUGUUACUCGAUCACGGCCUGUAUCAGGUGCUGAAGGAGGACUUCCGUCUGGACUACUGCCGGCUGUGGCAGUCCCUGAUGAAGGCGGACAUUAAGGGGAUCGAGAGGUACAGCCGCCGCCUGGGGGCCGGAGACCUGUUCCCGCUCUUCGCCUGUGUGCUCACCGCCCGCUCCUGGAAGUCCGUCAACGAGGGCAUCAGCCAGACGCCCGUCACCAACUCGGAGGACGUGGAGAUCCGCACCAACGCCGCCCUGUACCUACCUCAGAUCAGCGAGCUGCUGAACCGCGUGCCCCGCCAGAUGCUGCUCCUGCUCAAGACCAACGACCUGCUGCGCGGCAUCGAGACCAUCCUGCAGACGCGCGCCAGCUCCAGCUCCUUCAUCAACAUGUCCCGCUGCUGCACGCGCGCCAUGGCCAGGCACAGGAGGAGUAAGACGCGGUCGCGGCGCAAGCGUUUGCAGAUUUCGUUGUCCGAGGCGAUCACACUGUGGCAGAUCAGCCUGUAUGAGACCUUCCUGUGGAUCAAGAGCUCCACGCUGGGCUGCUGGGUCUCAGCGCUCGUCAGUUUCCUGCCCGGCACAAGCUGAAGAGGCACAUUCUCCCUCUCCCUCUCCCUCUCCCUCUCUCUCUGAUUCUACUUCUCUUUUUAUCUCUAUCCUCUCUCUCUCUCUCUCUCUGGCUGUAUCCCACUCUACCUUUCCCACCUACUUGUUGGUCUCUCUCUUGUUUGAUCUAUGUCUUGCUCUCUAUCUCUCUCGCUCUCUCUCUCUGUCAGUGUUGGUUUUUUACUUUCUCUAUCUGUCCCUCUCGUCCUAUUUCUCUGUCAGUUCUUUCUCAGUCCAUUUGUUAAUCCCUCCCUCUCUCUCUCUCUCUCUCACUCUCUCUCUCUCUCUUUCUUUCUUUCUCUCCAUCUCUGUCUGUCACACUCAUUCUCUCUUUCUGUCUCACUCUCUCCCUCUCACUGUCAGUCUCUGUCAAUCUGCUCGUCUGUCUCUCUGCCGUCCUCUCUCUUUUUCUCUCUCGUUCUCUUUCUGUCUACCCCCCACUCUCUCUCUCUCUCUCUCUCUCUCUCUCUUUCUCUCUCUCUCUCUCUCUCUCUCUCUCUCUCUCUCUCAGCCUCUCUGCCAUGGCUGAGAGCACUGGACACGCUGAAGGACGCAGCCGUGAGCUUCUGGUGUGGAACAUUUUAGCCAAGUCAAGAGAAACCACUGGAAGGGGGUUGCACGGGUCAUCUCCCACCACGCAACGGGUGACCAGAGGACACCCCCCCUCCCUCCCUCCUCCCCCCUCCCCCUGCGGUCCUCUAUGCCAUUUUGACACUACGCACAAGAAAAGUUGUCAGUGUUGUCAUUCAUAAAGCUGGAUUCGUCGAUGUGAACAGCAACUUCAUUUUCUGUUUGGUUUCUGGUUCAUCUCUCGGUCACAGUGUCCAGUGCCAUGUGUGUGUGAUGAUGAUGAUGAUGAUGAUGUGGGGUAUUCAUAUGUGUCCAGCGAGUUUACUUUUAGAUCAUUAUUAUCAUUAUAGUGGUGGCAGGUCAGGUGUCAUAGUACUGUAUGUUGAGAGGCUUGGUGCAAUACGGCCAGAGUUUGUGUAGUCCUGUUCCAUGUAUACGCUUAUGGACACAGGAGCAGAGACCCCCCCCCCCCCACACACACACACACACACCCAUCUGUUUGAUGUUUGUUGUUUAUUCUGUUUUUGUUUGUUCUGCGUUUAUGUUUGUUUGUUUGUUUGUUUGUUUGUUUGUUUCAACAGUCAACCUCUUUGUGACCUCAUAGGACACAGUUCAAGACAGCUUGUUUCCCUCAACAUUCCUGCAAUACUCAAUAUCAAUCUCUCUCUUUCUCUCUCUCUUUCUCUUUCUCUUUCUCUCAUUCCUUCUCUCUCUCUGUUUCCUCUCUGGCCACAUCUUCCUGACGACCUCUGAAUGGCAUCACAUUUUAGCAGCCUUUAUUUUUAUUUGAUUUUACCAGGGACAAAGGUCAUGAACUUGAAAGUAUUCUUCGAGCAUGUAUUGUUUAUCCUCUGUUGUACUCUAGAUGUUAUUCUCCUGUAGGUUUUGGUUCUGUGUAUUUAUGAGUGUGGCCCCUCCAGCUGUCUGUGGGAUGUGUGAGGAGAACGCUGUAUUUUACUCAUAAUGAGUCUCGGGACGGAUGGAAAUAAAGAAGAGAUUUUCA